UCGCAAGGUACACAAACCUUUCAACGGAGAUCCAGCCGCUUCAAAGCUGUGCAAAGAACAACAAACACCGACUUCAGCUGUCAGCUGUGUGCGUUGCCUUAACAUCACCUGUGUUCUUCUUCUUCUUUAAUGAAAACAAAACAAGACUAGAAAAGUGCGCAGCGGAGAAGAAGUCCAGAUAGAUUUAGCACAAGUGUCCAAAUGGGUCUCGUCGCAAUGGGAUUUGAGUUGAAGAACACGUAACCACUCAGAAGUCACCCUCAUUCAACCCGUUGUUAGGUAACUGGGAAGUUGAAAAGGCUUUUUUUUUUUUUUUGACCGCUGGGAUGUUGUGAACGACACGUCGCCUGGGACAGAAGGAGCGGGGACGCAGAAGGAAGAGAGAGGGGAUCCAGGGCUGGACGAGCACCGGAGGGGAUUAUGGCUCUCGCAACGUUUUCUCUCAGCCUCAUCACGCUGGCGCUUACAAACUUGCACCUGUCGAGAGCCAGCGACCGGCAUGCGGUGUACUGGAACAGCUCAAACAUACUGCUGCGGAGGGAGGGCUACACGGUGCAGGUCAGCGUCAAUGACUACCUGGACAUCUACUGCCCGCACUACAACACCACCCAGAGGGGGACGUUAGAGCGCACCGUGGCCGAGCAGUACAUCCUCUACAUGGUCAGCUACCGCGGCUACCGCACCUGCGACCCCCAGCUGGGCUUCAAGCGCUGGGAGUGCAACCGGCCCCACGCACCCCACGCUCCCAUCAAGUUCUCUGAGAAGUUCCAGCGUUACAGCGCCUUCUCGCUGGGCUACGAGUUCAACGUGGGCCAGGAGUACUACUACAUCUCCACGCCUACCCACCACCACGGCCACAGCUGCCUGAGACUGAGGGUCUACGUCUGCUGCUCCACGGUUUCCCAGGCAGAUGAUGACUCCAGUCAGACCUCUCCCGACUACACAGUCAGGCCAAACAUCAAAAUACACAACAUUGAUGAAUUUAACCCUGAAGUUCCCAAACUGGAGAAAAGCGUGAGCGGCAGCAGCCCAUCACGUGACCGCCUUCUUCUCACCGUGGCGAUGCUGCUCGUGUCUGCCGUCCUUUUGUCCUAGCGACUUGUCACCGCGAGCGACGCUUCGGGACCCGCCUUGUCCAAAGGGCUUUGUAUCCACCAAGUUGUUGUUGUGAAAGUUGGCAGAAACACAGAAAAGGUGCGACAGAACCACAAUCAAAAAAGACACAGAAAGAAAAUCCUUGAACUCAACUAGACUUUUAAAAAAAAAAGGAGAGGCCUUUUUGCUGUCAGUGUAUUUUGACACUCUGUGUGUUGUCGGACAUCAUAAUCACAUGAAUACAUUUCGUGGAGACCAAUAUUCAGACUUCUGUGCUGCUGUCAGGCGAGUGAGAAAGAGGACCUGUAAUGAGUUGGAUGUAGACUACACACUCUUAUUGUAGCAUGGAUUUAAAAAUCACCCGAGGAAUUUAAGCUGCUCUCAUGAAAGCAAAGUUUUUUGUGGCUCAAAGCUUUGAAAAAGGUGUCAAAGUUGGACUUUGCAGUGGAAUUGUAGACCUUGGACCACGGAGCGAGUAUGCUGACGGAUAAAUCUCAACUUAGAUGUAGUAAAAAAGCAAGCUGGACUGAUUUUACCCUGGCUAUACAGGAUACUUAUAUAAUCAGUCAGUGAUGAGAACUGCUGCCAUUAUCCUGGACAUUGAAGAAUGUUUUCACACUGGUGUGAGAGGAGCUGCUGGUAAUAAAAGCCCAAGGUGUUUCUUAAGUAAAAAGGGAGAGACUUUGUGAGGAUAUCUACAGGCCUUUCAAGAAUCCAUUUUCACCAGACAUCAAAAAAAAACCCUGGCUUUGUGAUAGGUACACAUGCAAAGCCUGCGUUUGUUAGAAGAUAGCGAGUGCCCUCUCAGAACUAGUCCUUUCGUCUGCAUUUCCUGCCUUCAGACUGUAACAACCCGAGAAAAAUACAGACCCCGGACUAGUAAUUUGACGGCACUUAGACGUGGUAGAUGUGUGUUUUGUUCCGAUGCAUUUACCUUCAGCACUCGUUGUAGAUUUUCCGGAUGUCAAACCUUUCUCCUCGCCGCAAUCAGCAGAGUCAUUCAGAACACCACUAAUUUACAAUUCUUCUUCUUAAAAAAAGAAAAACCUCUCUCCCUUUUAAUCCCAGACGAACCCCAUCUAUUCCUUUUUAUCCACUUCAGAGGUUCCCCGGCCAAUCAGCGCUGAUGGCCAUUUCAGUGGUCACGGUCACCAUGGAAACGACCCCAUACAGUCGCCACAGUGCGGCAGGUGCCUGAGGAGAAAUUGUGCUUUGAGUCUCAAAGUAACGCUGCCGCCAUUUUGUUAGAAAAAAACACCAAUAAAAAAACAACAACAACAACAACAACACGUGUGAAUGUGCAAAUAAAGAGUUCACUUUUUUAUAUUGUAAUACAGGACAACGUAGGCUGGCAUUAAUCAGAUUACAAUGUUGUGCUUUUUUAAUUUAUUUACUUUUCAAAUGUAUUUAUUUUAACAUUAAAAGUAUAUUAUUUAUCUACCUAAUUUAUUAAUGUGCAUUUGUAGGCCUUUGCUCAAUAAGCUACUGUGCCAUUUUUUUAUUCUUUUUUUUAAACAGUGGAAUUUUUACUGCAGCAUUUUGCUUGUGUAGAUAAAUAGGCAGAUGUAAUUCAGCCUGAUGAAAAAGAGAGGGUUAUUGGUUAUGACUAAUCAGUAGGGACGUACACUCAGUAACCCUGCUCUCAUGUAACAGAUACUGCUAACCAAGUUAUGUUGCUGAAGCGCAUGUCAUAAACCAACUGUGAUGCACAGACGGACUUGACUGAAGCGCAGCAUUCCUCCAGUGCUGCACUUGAGUUUGCAUUGUAAUGUAUAUUUAUAAUACAUGCCGGUUAUGGAAUGUGUGUGCAAGCGUGUACGAAUGUCUGUGUGUGUGUGUGUGUGUGUGUGUGUGUGGCUUUAUCUGCCUGCUUUCCUGCGUGUGUGUGUGUAUGCGUGGGAGUGUGCAAGAGAAAAAAAAACAUAUGUGUGCACAUUUGUGUGCGUAUGUAUGUAUAGAAUGUGUUUGUCGCGCUUUUCGAGUAUGUUGCAUUUAGAAAUUUCGUACCCGUUAAAGGAGUCAAGUUUGUAGGAUCUGAAUAUGCAAAGUGUGUAUGAGAGAAUGUGCUCUUCUGUAAUGUUAGUUUACGUUACGGGGUUUUGGGAAGCGGGCGAAAAGCAUUUACUGGUGUUGAAGACAAACCAUGAGAAAUGUGUUUACCUUUGACAAGAAUGGAAAAAGAAAAAAAACUGUAAAUUGAUUCCAAGAAUGAUUAAAACAUUGCCGAUUAAAAUCUUUUUGCAAAUUUA